GUUCUCACAAAUUUUCAAACUCUUCAAAUACACACCAAACCACAAUUACUGCCCCCCCUCUCUUCGCACUCUGCAUCUUCUAGCUAUGGCUUCUCCUGAUACCAUUGCUUUCCUCUCAGUCCUCCUACUUUUCCAUCCCACCACAACUCUGAGCGACUUUUUGUCCCCUAUUUCCUCUUCAUUUUUCGAUGAAGUGUGCAAAGAAGUGGAAUGUGGAAAGGGAAAAUGCAAGCAGUCUCAGAAUGGGACCUUUUAUGAGUGCGAAUGCGAUCCUGGGUGGAAACGUACUCUUGCUAAUGAUGAUCAUGAUGAUGAUGUCAACAAGUUUCUGCCUUGCGUGAUCCCCAACUGCACACUCAAUCAUGCUUGUUCAGCAGCUCCUGCGCCUGUCCAGGACAAAGCAACCAGAGUUAAUACAUCAAUCUUUGAUCCCUGCCACUGGACUGAUUGUGGAAAGGGCUCAUGCAACAAGACAUCAACAUUUGCUUACGAAUGUGUUUGUCCUGAGGGUUUCUUUAAUCUUCUCAAUUUCUCUAUCUUCCCAUGUUUCCAAGAAUGUUCCAUUGGAUUGGAUUGUGCAAACCUUGGCAUCUCGAUGUCAAAUAAGUCCAUAGCACCAGAUCCAGCGGGAGCUGACAAUAGCAAUAACCGAGCUGGCUUGCAUCUACUCAGAGAUUAUAAUUGGUUGAUAAUCCUGCUCGCGUCCCUUGUCAUGGUUUAUUGACAAUCAUUCAGAUGGAUAAUGCAGUAUUGAGUUUGCUUUAGUGGUGGUGGUGCUGUUCAAUACUUGUGUGUCGCCAACUCUUGCUAUUUGCCAGAGUAGUUGUCAUGUGAAUAAAUUAUUUAGUGCUACCUCAGGUCCAAUUUAUGUAUUUUUAGGUGAUGUUUUUUUAUAGUAUUUAAAUGAUAAUUUGAGAAAAAAAAAUUCUAAUAAAUAAUUUUUAUUAAGUAGUUUCAUUUUAUUAAAAAAAAAAUUCAAUUUUUAUUUAUAUGAUAUAAAAAAACAUUGCCUAAAAGUACUUGUAGUGACACUAAAUUUGACCUGAGGUAGUAUUUAAUUUUUUUGCAUCAUAUGAAUAUGUAUCUUUUUCCUGUUGAUAUAUGGUGGUUAUAUAUAAUGGGGGAACAUACGAGUAUUUUAUCUUAGUACAUGCUUUUGUCUUCUUAUUCUCUUUGCUUGAACUCUUGAUUUAGCAUUGCAAAAAAAUUCCUAGAUUAAG